GAACUCACACUGGACACAAACACAGUAAACAGAUUCCUCAAACUGUCUGACAACAACAGGAAGGUGACAUGUGUGGAGGAGGAUCAGUCAUAUCCUGAUCAUCCAGACAGAUUUGACCCCAUGGCUCAGCUGCUGUGUAGUAAUGGUCUGACUGGUCGCUGUUACUGGGAGGUCGAGUGGAGAGGAACAGUUGAUAUAUCAGUGAGUUGCAGAGGAAUCAGCAGGAAAGGAAACAGUGAUGACUGUUCGUUUGGAUUGAACGAUCAGUCCUGGAGUCUGAGCUGCUCUGAUGGUCAUUACUCUGUCCGUCACAAUAAGACAGAAACAUCCUCCUCCUCCUCCUCCUCCUCUGUCUCUGACAGAGUAGCAGUGUAUGUGGACUGUCCUGCUGGCACUCUGUCCUUCUACAAAGUCUCCUCUGACACACUGAUCCACCUCCACACCUUCAACACCACAUUCACUGAAGCUCUGUAUCCUGGGUUUGCAGUUGGGUCUGGUUCCUCGAUGUCUCUGUGUCCUCUGUCUGAGGUGGACACUCCCAGGUAA